CCUCAUAAAGAAAUGUAGUUGAAAAUUAAGGGUGGCGUUCAUUCCCAAAGCUUAUAAAUAUAACGUGUCUGCCGAGACUUGACGAUUGCCAUUUCACAAAGGAAUCGAGAAAGAUGCACGCUUUGGUAAACGCGUUCCUCCGUUGUCUUUCUUUUCUCCUGCCUCCCCCCUGGUUUCAUGUUGGUAUCUGGUGGGUUGGGGAUGAACACGGAAAGAUGACAUGGUCCAAUCCCAGGGCCCGUUUCAAAAGGAGAAAGCCUCUUACAGAUCAGGAAGUAACAACAGAAGCAGUUUCCAGUCCUUCCUCCUCCUCCUCUGCUGCUGGUAGGCGCGUCUCUCUUGCAGCUCCCUUGCCCGCCGUUUCCUCGUUGCCCCGGGGAUCUCCUUUGGGGAGAAUCUGGGAGCUUUGGCAGGCUUUGGACUGCAAUUUCGGGGCUUCCUUCUUUAGGCGCUUGUUGCAAAAUCAGUCUGGUUUGCCCAACGCCUGUCCAGCAUUGGUUUGUGCUGCUAGCACGCGUGCUGAGGAAGGCAGUUCUUUACCUGAAACUGAACUGGCAGGCGAAGAGGAAGCGAAAGAAAGAACCACAAGAGAAGAAGCAGGAGUAACAGACGAUAUGAGCGCGGUGACGGAGACGCCAAGCCCGGCUGCUUCAAUCUCGCAGUCCGCGGUGCUCGGGGUCGCAGACGCAGCAAUUGAAUGCCAGGGUCACGAGAUGAGGAGCCAGGUAACAAUCCGGGUAGCUAUCCAAGAGGCCGAGGACGAGGACCUCGAUGAAGAUUUCAUGUCAAACCACCUGGACCUUCGAGGGGGUAGCUGUAGUGAAGAUGACCUGGGAAGACACGACAAAUCUAGUGGUGCGGGGACAAGCGGAGGGGAGCUCGAAGAGGACAGCUGGCAGACCCCUGACCCCGAGCUCACCCGGAAGCUCAUCACCCAGAUCGAGUACUACCUGUCUGAUGAGAACCUGGAGCGUGACGCUUUCCUGCUCAAACACGUCCGCCGCAACAAGCAGGGCUUCGUCAGCGUCAAGCUGCUCACCUCCUUCAAGAAGGUGAAGCACCUGACGCGAGACUGGCGGACGACAGCCUAUGCCUUGCGCCACUCUCAGCUUCUGGAGCUCAAUGAGGAGGGGCGGAAAGUACGGCGCAAGGCAGCGGUGCCUGUGUUCGCCAGCGAGAAUCUGCCGAGCCGCAUGCUGCUGGUGAGCGAGCUGCACCUGUGGCCUGAGCUUGCUGGGGCUGCCGGGGGGCAGAACAGUGCCGGGGGGGCUGCGCAGCAGGAGAAGCUGAUGGAGCACCUGCUCAAAGUGUUUGGUGUAUACGGGGUCAUUGCCUCUGUCCGUGUCCUCAAAGCCGGCAAGGAGCUUCCAGCAGACCUCAAGAAGCUCAGUGGCCGCUACACCCAGCUGGGCACCAGUGAGUGUGCUAUUGUGGAAUUUGAAGAGGUGGAGGCUGCGAUUAACGCUCAUGAGGUUCUGGGAGGCAGCGAUGUGGCAGUUGGAACAGGGGAAGAGGAGGAGGCAGUGUCUAUUGGGGCCACUGCAAGGGCUAAGGUGAUCCUAAUUGGCACCAAACCCCCGAAGAAAAAAGUCCCAAAGGACAAGCAGCGUGACGAUAGCUCUAGAAAGAAUCGCUCUCUCAACUGCAGGGUCAGAGAGUUGCAGUAUAUCGGAGAUGACGCCUGCAGCUCCUCCGAAACCGAGAGCAACCCCACCUCGCCCAGGCUGUCCCGCAAGGCCCGGCCGAACAAGCUGAGCCCUCCCGGAGGGGGCUACCACCAGAACAACCACCUGAGCCCCAGUGUCUCCCCUCGCUCCAGCCCCUGGAACAGCCCCAGAACCAGCCCCUUGGUGCAGCGCAAGUCCCCACACAGCCACAAGUCUUCCCUGGCCAGUGCAGGCAGACUGAGCCCUGAGCCAGGUCAACGCAAGUGGGCUGACUACUCAUCGGACAGCAGCCUGACCCCCUCUGGGAGCCCCUGGGUGCAGCGCCGCAGGCAGGUGACAUCUCAGGAGAGCAGCCCGGUCGGGAGUCCCAUGCUAGGCCGCAAGAUCCAGAACGCAGACGGGCUGCCACCAGGGGUGGUCAGACUGCCAAGAGGACCAGAUGGAACCAGGGGCUUCCACAACAACUCCGUGGGGGACAGGGGCAAAUGCACCCUGCUUGAGUAACAGGGAAACAAUUCCUCCCCCACCCCUCGUUUGAGUUGAGAGAUAUGGGGAAAAACCGUUUCACAGCCUGGCAACUUGGAAAGGGAAGGAAACGGUCAGACUAUUUAAAGAACAUGACUGAAUUAUUAUAGUGGCUAUUUUAUUUUUGUAUUUUGUUUUGAAGACUUUCUAAUUGUGUUUCUCAAAAGCCAUAGUCUUAAGUUGGUGGCUCUCUUAAUUUGUAUAUUUGUACCGACAGUUUAUAAGCUGCAUUGUUUUUCUUUUUUUUGUGUGCGUGUUCUGUUUGUGUAUUGUAUACAAGAUGUCGGAUCAGAAGUGGUAUAUUGGUGAAAAUGAUAGUAGAAGUAAUGAGGUAUGCUAGCUUUUCUAAAAGUGGCAUCCAUGAAUGGAUAAAGGGGAAAUACACAUAGUGGUAAUUAACUGGUAAAAAGGCAUUUAGAAUUAAUAAGUAGAUUUUGUUUAGUGACAGCUGCUCGAAUACAUCUUAUCAAAAAAUAAGGGGGCUGAGUUAGGUAAACUUUAAACCUGAAUGUGUCUCUCAGAACCUGAAUGCAUCAGUCAUUGUGGCACAGAAGUGGAUUUGGUACAAGGUUAACGCCAAUCAAUCUGAAAGAUGACUAAAAUAUAAAUAUGUAAUGGAGUUGCACAAAUUCCAUAAUCCUUAAGCAAUAGUUCUAUACCCUGUAUUGAUAACUAGACAACUUUUGUCAUGCAUAACUGCAGAGGAAUCUGUUACUUGUCAACCUUUUAAAGUUGUUUGUGUUUGUAUAUCUAUUUUAGGGGACAAAAGCACUUUUUACCAAUUGAUGCAGUAAGCUGUUGACCAUUUUGUAUCCUUAGCAACGAUUCUGGCUUUAGGUUUCCUUAGCAACAUAUGAGACAUCAAAUCAGCUGCCAUGUCUGUUUGCUUUUCCAGAGUAUGAAUGUCAGGUGCUGUUGCCCUUCUGCACCGCAUUCACAGUGUGGUCUGGUUCAGCCAUGGAUCACAGGAACAGAAAUAACUAUGAAGUGUCACUUUUAGUAAAUGUAGCAUAUCUCGUUUCUGUUUUUAUUUUUACAUGUCAAAGAGACUGUAUAUAAAUGUAAAUUUAAUAUAUUAAACUUGUUAGACAUUCUUUCCUGCCGGGUAUAUGGAAUUUGUUUAGGAGGACACGCACGUCCCUAUGUGGCAGUCUGCUGGUUGGAAGCACGGGGCCCUGGGUUUCCUUUAUUUCUCUCACCCCUGAUCAAGGGGAGGGGUCACUGCCUGUCCUAUGAGAGAGGCAUUCUGGGAAUGGACUUCAAGCGGACACUGUGACACCUGAAAUGAAGCAGUGCUUCCUGUUGAACCAUUCAAAGCUGUUCUGUGUAAAAUUUAAAAAAUGUAUAUAAUGUACUUCCUCUUGUACAAAUAAAGCACUGAAAUGGCA